AUGGGUUUGGCCUCGUCGCCACCGCCGCAGAGAUUUCCUUGUGAGCGCUCUAUCAGAUGCAUUUCUUCUCCGAUCAUCUUCAAAUUUGGCAUGAAGGUCGAGAAUGUUGCAGAAACCCCAUGUUUCUCUUCUCCAUGUGAAGAAGGAAAGGAUUGCAUUGACAUGGACAAUGGUUACAGAUGUGAAUGCCCAGAGGGAUACAGUGGUGACAACUGCGAAACUAAGGACCCUUGCUCCCCCAACCCAUGUCAGAACAAUGGUGAAUGUGGUGUCGAUGGUGAAUCCUAUGAAUGCUAUUGUGUAGGUGCAUUCACCGGAGAUAACUGCGACAUUCCAAUCGAAUGUGAGAACAACAUGUAUUUCCAUGAUUGCGCUUCGCCCUGUGGACCGGCCCGCUGUGGUGUCACCAUUGAUUCUUGCAUCACGUCCUGCGAUCGCAAAUGUACCUGCCCUCCAAAUACUCAGCUAUGUCCUGAAGGGAUGCUUCCAGGGAUGACGUGUGUGACUAACUGUACUGAGUGUUACAUGCCAUAGAACGAUAUUUUAUCCAAGGCAUGGCUUUAUAAUGUCGAAGAAACAGGGCUGAUAAAAUUACAUUUUUUAUCAAUUUAUAUGCAAACCUGAUAUUAGCUUAUCAUGGGGCCUAUCACUUAAGAAAGAACGUGUAAAUAUUAUGUUUUGUCUGAGUACAAACUGAAAGAAUGAGUAAGAAUGAAAAUAUUCAUGGACAAUUUGGAUAAUAUGUCAAAUUUAUUAAAAAUAUUCAUUAAUGAUUGUGCUGUCGUCUCAGUCGUCUGAGUUAAGUUUCACCAGUCAUUCGCCGUAGAUGGCGUAAUUUCUAAUCAGGCAUGGGAGUAUCUUUGUUCCGGGAUUUAAAUCUUGAAGAUACAUAAAGGUAUUAUGACCUACCGGAACAAGUACUUUUCUCAGAUAUGACAACAGUCCUUUAAUUCUUAACCUCUUAGUAAAACCUUUUAUUUAUCAUAUAAUGUACUCUUUAACAUUAUCUCAGUAAAUUCAUUGAUAUCCUGUAACCAAUUGUAUUUCCAAAUAAACAAAACGUUGUUUUGAAAAUUUGUUUACCCAUCGAUUCUGUUUUAAUAUCUGUUUUAAGACAAAAAAAUUAUACAUUGUAAGCACGAUUUUAAGAUAUUUUGCUUGUUUUAUUGGAAUUGAAUAAAGCAUUGAAUGAUUUUAUAAUUUUUUUAAAUUGUAUUUAAAGAGAGAGAAGUUAGAUGAUAAGAAAGAAAAGUAAUACUCGCUGUUAAACUAACUUUUCAACAACUUAAUAAGACUGGAAAAUAUUCAUAUAAUACAUACAUUUACAUAUUAUUUACAUGACUUGUAUUUCAUCAAAAACUCAGCGUAAUCAAGUA